AUGGGUGAGUACAAUGGCCUGCCUGGCUGCCCUGGAGUUCCUGCCUGGUCGGGCCAGCAACCUCAGCCGAGUGACCCGCCUGCAGCUCGUCCCAUCCAAACCGUUGCCAACCUGACCAGCUUCCCAAGUUGUCAGCUUGUCAGCCUCUCAGCUUGCGUCACAGAGCACCACUACUGGAGUCAAUCACCGAACUGCACACACCGACACGCAUCCUUUCCUUUGCUCUUACCACGCGAAGUCUGCUUGCUCAACUCAUACGUAUUACAGCGACCGCACACUCCUCUCCAGCUCACCGCGCGCUGGACCAUUGCCGACGACGUCGACGACUCCGCAUCACCUGUCGUCAUCGCCAUGGACUACAGCGCAUCGAUUCACGAGACCGAUGAUCCGGUGGGAGCUUCGCCCUGGGGCAACUCUCCCACGUCUUCGCCCAAGAGAAACCUACCUCCGUUUGCCAGCCUCCCGCAGGAGACCUCGUCGUCGUCGUUUCCCUUCUCGUCGCAAGACUCCAAUGGCCUAGGCAGCCCAGCUCUCGGCGCAGACGGCUUCCAGCGGCCCGGCACUGCCACCACCGCCUCCGAGACUGAAGGCGAGACCGAUCACGAAACUCUCCAAGGGCAUGAAGAGUCCGAGGUCCGCCAAGAGAUAGACCAGUCUGCUCCGCCAGUUCAGCACCACCACAACCAGCCGCCGCAGCAGCAUACGGGCUUCGCGCCGCAGGGACGCGAGGCUGAAGCCAUCCAGGGUCCCGUGCACCCUACUGAAGGGCACACUAGCAAGCCGGUGCAGCCUCAAUAUAGAUUACAAGCCAAAAUCACUGGCUUGGAGCGCACCGGCAAGAAAGACCCGCUGCUUCGAUUCGAUGUCUACACCAACCUCCCUCGAUUCCGCACCUCCCAAUAUCGCGACGUUCGCCGCCUGCACUCUGAAUUUGUAAAGCUUGCUGAGCACCUCAUCUCCGCCAAUCCCGACGCCUUUGUACCAGCUGUCCCCCCGGCCGUCACCUCGGCCGGCGCUGGAACCGAUGAGGACGAGACCCGAGUCAAGGCUUUGAUGCAGAGGUGGUUCAACUAUGUCUGCAGCAAUGAGACAUUGAUGAGAGACGAUGAGAUGAUACUGUUCGUCGAAUCAGAUUUCGGCUACAGCCCAUUGGUCAAAAUGAAACAGCCCGCCACAGGCGUUCGUAGAAAGAUUCUCAAGCAGUUUGCCCCGCCACCCGACGACACGCCCGAGCUCGCCGAUGCACGUCCUGCCGUCAAGCUAUUUUAUCUCGGUACCAUGGAUGCAGGACACAAAGUCGAUAAGCUAGUCAAAGCGAGACGAGGUCUCGGCCUGGCUGAGUCUGAUUUUGGAGUCAAGCUCGGAGGUAUGCAUGUGCAAGAACCCCACCCUGGUCUGGCGAAUGCCUACAGGAAGCUGGGCAAGGUUAUCCAGAAUGUGGGAGACUACCAUGCCGCGCAGGCCACUGCCGAGGCCUCCACAAUUGGCGACCCGUUUCAAUAUCACUCGCAGGAUGCCUUUAUUGUCAAGGAGACCCUGACGAACCGACAGAUCCUUACCAGAGAAUUCAUUCAGGCGCAAGAAGCUACGAGGAGCAAGCUCAAUGCCGCUGAUCGCCUCAAGACCAGCAGCAGCGUGCGCCGUGAAAAGGUUGACGAAGCCAUUUCGGCUCUCGACGAUGCGCGCGAGACGGAGAACUACCUUUACAACAAGACCCACAGGGUAACGCAGAACCUGCUCCAGGAGCGCCGCAAGUGGUUCUCGCGGACAGCCACCGACUUGCGCUCAAGCAUUAGGGAGUUUGUUUUACGCGAGAUUGAGGCCGAGAGACGCACGCUGUCUGUACUGGAGAGCGUGCGCGCGGAUAUUCGUGCCAUUGACUCGUCGGGUGGUCUCAGCCGACUGGGUCGCGAAGCGCAUCCUGUCAUUCGUCGUACCAAUCUGGCUGCCAGCCAAGGCCCCAAGGGUGAUGCGUGGAGUGGCGUCCCGCGGCGUGCCGACGCCGCGAACCGCAGCACCUCGACGAGCUUCAUGGGCAAGCUGCCCGAGGACAGCGAUGCGGAUGACGCGCAGAAGGAUGCGGGCGGGGCGGGGCGAACAAGUUUGGUAGGUGUUGUCGAGGAAGAGGACGAUGACCGCAUUGAUGCGAGGAACGCGGCGAGUCGUUUAGCCACCAGUACUUUCUAA